UCCUUCACUAUUUUAAUGUCAACCUGCUCCUUCUUCCUCGGCAGACAGGAGAGACAGUCAGAACAGAACGGCACCGCAGCGCUCAGAGAGAACACGGACAUCGAGUUGCUCUCUACAGAAACUACCCUUCACAUGGCCAGGCGGCCAAGACACAGUGUGUAUAGUAGUGAAGAAGAUGAGGAGGAUAUUGAGAUGUAUGAACACGACUACGAUGGACCGCUGGCCAAGGAAGCAAAACGCCAUCAAGGGAAAACACGCUGGACAAGAGAAGAGGAUGAGAAGUUGAAGAAGCUGGUAGAACAUCAUGGGUCCUCGGACUGGAAACUCAUCGCCAGCUUCCUACCUAACCGUACAGAUAUGCAGUGUCAGCACCGCUGGCAGAAGGUUCUCAACCCUGAACUCAUCAAAGGACCCUGGACCAAGGAGGAGGACCAGAGAGUGAUUGAACUAGUCCAGAAGUAUGGAGCCAAGCGUUGGUCCGUAAUCGCCAAGCACCUGAAGGGUCGGAUAGGGAAGCAGUGCAGAGAGCGCUGGCACAACCACCUGAACCCCGAGGUGAAGAAGACUUCCUGGACCGAGGAAGAGGAUCAGAUCAUCUACCAGGCCCACGAGAAACUGGGCAACCGCUGGGCCGAGAUCGCCAAACUGCUGCCUGGCAGGACUGAUAAUGCCAUUAAGAACCAUUGGAACUCUACGAUGCGUAGGAAGGUGGAGCAGGAGGGUUACCUUCAGCACUCCUCCCACUCCAUCGCCCCCAGUUACGCCAAGGCCAACCACCACAACGUGGGCUUCCAUCACCACUCCCCUCUCCCUCCCCUCUCCCUCCUCACGGGCACCUACCCUUAUAUUCCGGACCAUAGGGUUCCCUUUCCCCUAGCGCUGCACGUCAACAUCUUGAACAUUCCACAGCACGGAACAGCUGCUAUACAGAGACAUUAUAGUGAGGAGGACCCAGAGAAGGAGAAGAGGGUGAAGGAGAUUGAGCUGCUGCUGAUGUCAACAGAAAAUGAGCUGAGGGGACAGCCUGCACUACCUAUCAUUCCUUUCUCCAGCUGGGGGGGUCGUUCAGAGAGCCGAGGUCAUCACUACCAGGCCACCGCUCCAUGCCUCUUUGUAGAGAGCACCUCACAUAGCGGCAGCAACAACAAUAACAACAUCAGCAACAGUCACCAUGACAUCCACGCCUUCUCCAACCUCCCGGAGUUCAUGGAGUCAGUCAUCGACUCACUUUUCCACCAAUCAGACAGCCACAGCUUACCAAUGAGCUCCCAGAAACCCCUGGUGGCCACAGCUCCACCUCGACCGCAGAAAGAGAACGGCAUGUUCAGGACUCCUACUAUCCGUCGUUCCCUCCUGGAGUUGUCUCCUUGUUCUCUGACCCCGUUCAGGUCUUCCAUGGUAGAGUGUAUAAAACAGGAACCUAUGGAGUGUGUUGUCUCAGUCGGGGGCCAACAGCCAACCGGGGUCUCCCCAGACCAACAGCCAUCCUUAAAGAAGAUCAAACAAGAGGUGGAGCCUCCCUAUCUACAGUGGGAAGGACCAGACAUCCACACCCAGCUCUUCUCCCCCUCCGGCCCCGCACAGGAAGUACCUGAUCUGCUGACUACUUCUGCACUGAAUGAAGACGGACACAAACCCUACCACCUCCCCCGUCGGUCUCUGGGCAGCCCACUACAGCAGCUCAACACUUGGGACCAAGUGGCUUGUGGGAAGGUGGAGGACCAAGUGGCUUGUGGGAAGGUGGAGGACAAGGUCUUGGCUUUAGAGCAUAAAUACAUCACUUCUUACUCUGCUAGGACCUUGGUCAUGUAAUAUACACACAUACACACACACACACACACACACACACACACACACAGACAGACAGACAGACAGACAGACAGACAGACAGACAGACAGACAGACAGACAGACAGACAGAGACAGACAGACAGACAGACAGACAGACAGACAGACAGACAGACAGACAGACAGACAGACAGACAGACAGACAGACAGACAGAGACACUCGUUGGAUUCAAAGACCAAAUACUUUAAUUUGUUUAUUUCUAUUUCUAUUAUUUUGUAUUCAUGUUUUGUCACCUCUGUUUUGAACUUCUGAUCUGACGCCUGACUGAGCGUUCUACUCAAUACAUCGUCAAUGGUGAAGAUUGAAUCAAAAGUGUAUUACAGUCGGCUUGGAAGCACAAGGACAUUCAAAAGGAGGCAUUACAUUAGUAGGAAAACCUUUUGUCAUCAUUUUGAUGUCGCCAGAUUGACUUUAGAUGCAGUAUAACUAGUUAGCUAGCUAGCUAAGAUUGAUGGUAGGCCACCGGAUUUUAUCUAGCUAACGUUAGAAUUUACAAACUUUGCUAACUAAGUAAAUUUGAUGACAUGAUAAUGCUGACAAAGUUGUUUUUUCAUACUAAAUAUUUGACUACUUUUAGCAAUGUCAUCGUAUUUCCAGGCACUAUAGUGUCAUUUAGACGAAACAGUAAUUAGCCUCCGCCCAGAAAGACUGGGCAUAUCACCACUGUAGGGCACCACUAUAGCGCCGCCGAUAGAGGGCGGCUUGAGAACGUUCAUAACGACGCGACCGAGUGACGGAGGUGCAACCUAUGAAUGGUUUUGUUAUUAAUGUGGAUCCUGUGGGUAGUUUGUGGUA